GGAUUUUAAAUAAAAUUUUUAAACUUAUUUAUUUAUAUUUAUAGACAUGCCUAUACCAUUUAUAACACAUUUGAUUAAUUUAUCUCCUGUGUUUUAUGAAAAAUAUGUUUUUACUAAUUUUCAAAAAUAUAUUUCAUUAAUAAUAUUAUUAUAUCUUUUAAAAAAGUACUUUUCUGGAACAAAUAACAAGACAGACAGAAGAUUUAAUGGAAGUGUUUUUCUCAUUACCGGUGGAACUUCUGGAAUAGGAGCAGAAGUUACAGAGGAGUUAGCUAAGAGAGGUGCUCAUAUAAUUCUUCUAGUUAGAUCUUGUUCUGAUUCUUGGACAAUUGAUUAUAUUAAUGAUUUAAGAACCCGGACUAAUAAUCAUAUGAUAUUUGCAGAAACGUGUAAUUUGUCUUCUUUGUAUUCUAUUCGGCAAUUUGCAACCAAAUGGAUUGAUAACAUUCCUCCAAGAAGGCUUGAUAUGGUAAUAUGCUGUGCUGGAGUGAUGUUGCCACCAUUUAAGCCUAAAUUAGUUACUGAAGAUGGUGUCGAACUUCAUUGGGGUAUUAAUUAUUUAGCACAUUUUCAUCUUUUAAACUUGAUUUUUCCGGCAUUACGAUCUCAGCCCCCAGGAAGAGAUGUUAGGGUAGUUCUUACUAUUUGUUCUACUUAUAUGUUAGGUGAUUUAGAUCUUAUGGAUUUGGAAUUCCAACGAAGAGGAUAUCCUUCAUCACGCCCUUGGAAAUGUUUUGGAGCAUCAAAAAUUGCACUUAUGAAUUUUGCAAAAGAAUUCCAAAAUCGCAUAUCUAAUUAUAAGAGACCAGAUGAGUUUCCAAAUAAUGUACGUUGCUAUGUUGUAGAUCCUGGUUUUGUAAGAUCUCAUAUGACACUUCGUUUUUUAAGUUUUGGGAGCCUAUGGGGACUCCUUUUAUAUAUUAUUAUGUGGCCUCUGUGGUAUAUUGUUUUGAAAAGCUGCAGACAAGGUGCUCAAAGUUUGUUAUAUUGCAUAAUGAGUUCUGAAUGCGGAACUGGUCAAGGAGGAAAAUUAAUAGUUAAAUGUUCACUGAGAGAGUAA